GCCGCCAAGAAGCCGCGAGCGUCCCCGAUGGUGCCGCCGCUUCCAAGCCCGGCAGGGGCGGCGAGGGGCCGGCUGGGCAGGAGCCUGGGUCCGCUGCUGCUGCUCCUGGCCCUGGGACACGCGUGGAGCUACCGAGAGGAGCCGGGCGACGGCGACAGAGAAAUCUGCUCGGAAAACAACAUCGCCACGACCAAGUAUCCGUGUCUGAAGCCUUCGGGGGAGCUCACCACGUGCUACAGGAAGAAGUGCUGCAAGGGGUAUAAAUUUGUCCUUGGACAAUGCAUCCCAGAAGAUUAUGACGUGUGUGCCGAGGCGCCCUGCGAGCAGCAGUGCACGGACAACUUUGGCCGCGUGCUGUGUACGUGUUACCCGGGAUACCGCUACGACCGGGAGAGGCACCGGAGGCGCGAGAAGCCGUACUGCCUAGAUAUCGACGAGUGCGCCACGAGCAAUGAGACGCUGUGCGCGCACGUCUGCGUCAACACCCUGGGGAGCUACCGCUGCGAGUGCCGGGAGGGCUACGUCCGGGAGGACGACGGCAGGACGUGCGCCAAGGGGGACAAAUACCCCAACGACACCGCCUUGCAGGCAGCCUCGAGUCCGUCUCCUCCCUCAGGGCGCGACGAGAAGGCGGAGAGCGCGGUCCAGGCCACCGCCUGCUGUGCCACGUGCAAGGAGCUCCGCCAGGUAAAGGAGACAGUGCUGCAACUGAAGCAGAAGGUUGCCCUGCUCCCCAACAGCGCUGCCGACCUGGGCAAGUACAUCACUGGUCACAAGGCGCUGGCCUCAAAUGCCUACCUUCCGGGUCCUCCUGGCCUGCCUGGGGGCCAGGGCCCCCCUGGCUCUCCAGGACCGAAGGGGAGUCCCGGCUUCCCGGGGAUCCCAGGCCCCCCCGGGCAGCCUGGCCCGCGGGGCUCGAUGGGACCCGUGGGACCAUCUCCCGACCUGUCCCACAUUAAGCAAGGCCGGAGGGGCCCUGUGGGUCCACCAGGCGCCCCAGGAAGAGACGGCUCUAAGGGGGAAAGAGGCGCACCGGGUCCCAGAGGGUCUCCAGGACCCCCCGGUUCUUUUGACUUCCUGCUGAUCGUGCUGGCGGAAAUCCGUAACGACAUCACCGAACUGCAGGAGAAGGUGUUUGGGCACCGGACUCACCCUUCAGCAGAGGAGUUCCCAUUACCUCAGGAAUUUUCCAGCUCUCUGGAGACCCUGGACGUGGGAUCCGGAGAUGACUCCCCGGGAAGAACUGAGACAAGAGACUUGGGAGCCCCCAGAGACUUCUAUCCUUAGUGCAUCCCACAUCUUCAUGCCAAAGGAAGAGUGUUUUCCCCUGCAGUGAAGUUCUCCAAAGAACAAAAUCAAAACAUCCCUGGAGACCUAAAAAAAGAUACAUUUUUUAUUUUCUUUACUCUUUCCCUUUCUUCUUCCUACUUCUCGUCUUCCAGACACUGUUUCCAGAAUCUCCUGCUAGACAUCCUAAAGACACCAGGAAUGAAAUGAUUGAUUUCAGUGCUUCCCCUGGAGAAUCUACAGGGCAACUUUUAUUUGAAUUCCUUCUUUUCCAGGGACUUCUAAUUUCUGAAUUAGGUACGUUAUCUUAAAAUUUGGCAGAGUAUCAAAAAGGGGGGAAGAGUUCUAAGAAAAUGUGACUUUCAGUUCAGUUCAGUUUCUCAGUCAUGUUGGACUCUUUGCGACCCCAUGAAUCGUAGCAUGCCAGGCCUCCCUGUCCGUCACCAACUCCUGGAGUUUACUCAAACUCAUAUCCAUUGAGUCAGUGACACCAUCCAACCAUCUCAUCCUCUGUCAUCCCCUUCUCCUCCUGCCCCCAACCCCUCCCAGCAUCAGGGUCUUUUCCAAUGAGUCAACUCCUCGCAUGAGGUGGCCAAAGUAUUGGAGUUUCAGCUUCAGCAUCAGUCCCUCCAAUGAACACCCAGGACUGAUCUCCUUUAGGAUGGACUGGUUGGAUCUCCUUGCAGUCCAAGGGACUCUCAAGAGUCUUCUCCAACACCACAGUUCAAAAUCAUCAAUUCUUGGGCACUCAGCUUUCUUUAUAGUCCAACUCUCUCAUUGGUACAUGACUACUGGAAAAACCAUAGCCUUGACUAGACGAACCUUUGUCAGCAAAGUAAUGUCUGCUUUUUAAUAUGCUGUCUAGGUUGGUCAUAACUUUUCUUCCAAGGAGCAAGCAUCUUUUAAUUUCAUGGCUGCAAUCACCAUCUGCAGUGAUUUUGGAGCCCCAAAAAAUAGUCUCUCACAGUUUCCUCAUCUAUUUGCCAUGAAGUGAUGGGACCGGAUGCCAUGAUCUUAGUUUUCUGAAUGUUGAGCUUUAAGCCAACUUUUUCACUCUCCUCUUUCACUUUCAUCAAGAGGCUCUUUAGUUCCUCUUCACUUUCUGCCAUAAGGGUGGUAUUAUCUGCAUAUCUGAGGUUAUUGAUAUUUCUCCCAGCAAUCUUGAUUCCAGCUUGUGCUUUAUCCAGCCCAGCGUUUCUCAUGAUGUACUCUGCAUAUAAGUUAAAUAAGCAGGGUGACAAUAUACAGCCUUGAUGUAGUCCUUUCCCAAUUUGGAACCAGUCUGUUGUUCCAUGUCCAGUUCUAACUGUUGCUUCCUGACCUGCAUACAGAUUUCUCAGGAAGCAGGUAUUCCCAUCUCUUUCAGAUUUUCCAAUUUUCAGAUUUUUCUCUUUCAGUUUAUUGUGAUCCACACAGUCAAAGGCUUUGGCAUAGUCAAUAAAGCAGAAGUAGAUGAUUUUAUGGAACUCUCUUGCUUUUUCAAUGAUCCAACAUAUGUUGGCAAUUUGAUCUCUGGUUCCUCUGCCUUUUCUAAAUCCAACUUGAACAUCUGGACGUUCACUGUUCAUGUCCUAUUGAUGCCUGGGUUAGGGAAUUUUGAGCAUCACUUUGCUAGCGUGUGAGAUGAGUGCAAUCCUGAGGUAGUUUGGACAUUCUCUGGGAUUGCCUUUCUUUGGGAUUGGAAUGAAAACUCACCUUUUCAGUCCCGUGGCCACUGCUGAGUUUCCCACAUUUGCUGGCAUAUUGAGUGCAGCACUUUCACAGAAUCAUUUAGGAUUUGAAAUAGCUCAACUGGAAUUCCAUCACCUCCACUAGCUUUGUUCGUAGUGAUGCUUCCUAAGGCUCACUUGACUUCACAUUCCAGGAUGUCUGGCUCUAGGUGAGUGAUCACAACAUCGUGGUUAUCUGGGUCAUGAAGAUCUUUUUUGUAUAGUUCUUUGUAUUAUUGCCACCUCUUCUUAAUAUCUUCCGCUUCUGUUAGGUCCAUACCAUUUCUGUCCUUUGUUGAGCCCAUCUUUGCAUGAAAAGUUCCCUUGGUAUCUCUAAUUUUCUUGAAGAGAUCUCUAGUCUUUCCCAUCCUAUUGUUUUCUUCUGUUUCUUUGCACUGAUCACUGAGGAAGGCUUUCUUAUCUCUCCUUGCUAUUCUUUGGAACUCUGCAUUCAAUGGGUAUAUCUUUCCUUUUCUCCUUUGCCUUUCACUUCUCUUCUUUUCACAGCUAUUUGUAAGGCCUCCUCAGACAACCAUUUUGCCUUUUUUGCAUUUCUUUUUCUUGGAGACGGUCUUGAUCCCUGCCUCCUGUACAGUGUCACAAACCUCCGUCCAUAGUUCUUCAGGCACUCUGUCUAUCACAUCGAAUCCCUUGAAUCUAUCUGUCACUUCCACUGUGUGAUCGUAAGGGAUUUGAUUUAGGUCAUACCUGAAUGGUUUAGUGGUUUUCCCUACUUUCUUCAGUUUAAGUCUGAAUUUGGCAAUAAGGAGUUCAUGAUCUGAGCCAAAGUCAGCUCCUGGUCUUGUUUUUGCUGACCGUAUAGAGCUUCUCCAUCUUUGACUGCAAAGAAUGUAAUCAACCAGAUUUCAGUGUUGACCAUCUAGUGAUGUCCAUGUGUAGAGUCUUCACUUGUGUUGUUGGGAGAGGGUGUUUGCUGUGACCACUGCGCUCUCUUGGCAAAAUGCUGCUAGCCUUUGCCCUGCUCCAUUCCGUACUCCAAAGCCAAAUUUGCCUGUUACUCUAGGUAUUUCUUGCCUUCCUACUUUUGCAUUCCAGUCCCCUGUAAUGAAAAGGACAUCUUUUGGGGGUGUUAGUUCUAGAAGGUCUUGUAGGUCUUCAUAGAAUUGUUCAGCUUCUUCAGCAUUACUGGUUGGGGCAUAGACUUGGAUUACUGUGAUAUUGAAUGGUUUGCCUUGGAAACGAACAGAGAUCAUUCUGUCGUUUUUGAGAUUGCAUCCAAGUACAGCAUUUCGGACUCUUUCGUUGACUAUGAAGGCUACUCCAUUUCUUCUAAGGAAUUCUUGCCCACAGUAGUAGAUAUAAUGGUCAGCUGAGUUAAAUUCACCCAUUCCCAUCCAUUUUAGUUCACUGAUUCCUAAAAAUGUCUUGCCAACUCCUGUUUGACCACUUCCAACUUGCCUUGAUUCAUGGACCUAUUCAAGGUUCCUAUGCAAUAUUGCUCUUUACAGCAUUGGACUUUACUUCCAUCACCAGUCAAAUCCACAACUGGGUGUUGUUUUUGCUUUCGCAACAUCUCUUCAUUCUUUUUGGAGUUAUUUCUCCACUAAUCUCCUGUAGCAUAUUGGGCAUCUACCAACCUGGGGAGUUCAUCUUUCAGUGUCCCAUCUUUUUGACUUUUCAUAUUGUUCAUGGGAUUCCCAAGGCAAGAAUACUGAAGUGGCUUGCUCUUCCCUUCUCCAGUAGACCAUGUUUUGUCAAAACUCUCCACCAUGACCCAUCCAUCUUGGGUGGCCCUACACGGCAUGGCUUACUUUCAUUGAAUUAGACAAGGCUGUGGGCCAUGUGAUCAGAUUGGUUAGUUUUCUGUGAUUGUGGUUUUCAGUCUGUCUGCCCUCUGAUGGAGAAGGAUAAGAGGCUCAUGGAAGCUUCCUGAUGGGAGAGACUGACUGAGAGGGAAACUGGGUCUUGUUCUGAUGGGCAAGGCCAUGCUCAGUAGAUCUUUAAUCCAAUUUUCUGUUGAAGGGCGGGUCUGUGUUCCCUCCCUGUUAAUUGAAGUGGGGCCAAACUAUGGUGGAGGUAAUGAAGAUAAUGGUUCAGUUCAGUUCAGUCACUCAGUCGUGUCCGACUCUUUGCGACCCCAUGAAUCGCAGCACGCCAGGCCUCCCUGUCCAUCACCAACUCCCGGAGUUUACUUAAUCUCAUGCCCAUCAAGUUGGUGAUGCCAUCCAGCCAUCUCAUCCUCUGUCGCCCCCUUCUCCUCCUGACCCAAAUCCCUCCCAGCAUCAGGGUCUUUUCCAGUGAGUCAGCUCUCCACAUCAGAUAGCCAAAGUACUGGAGUUUCAGCUUCAGCAUCAGUCCUUCCAGUGAACACCCAGGACUGAUCUCCUUUAGGAUGGACUGGUUGGAUCUCCGUGCAGUCCAAGGGACUCUCAAGAGUCUUCUCCAACACCACAGUUCAAAAGCAUCAAUUUUUCGGCGCUCAGCUUUCUUCACAGUCCAAUUCUCACAUCCAUACAUAACCACUGGAAAAACCAUAGCCUUGACUAGACGAACCUUUGUCAGCAAAGUAAUGUCUCUGCUUUUUAAUAUGCUGUCUAGGUUGGUCAUAACUUUCCUUCCAAGGAGUAAGUGUCUUUUAAUUUCAUGGCUGCAGUCACCAUCUGCAGUGAUUUUGGAGCCCCCAAAAAUGAAGUCUGACAUUGUUUCCACUGUCUCCCCAUCUAUUUCCCAUGAGGUGAUGGGACCAGAUGCCAUGAUCUUAGUUUUCUGAAGAUAAUGUCACCUCCCUCAAAAGGCCCCAUGCAGGCACUGCUACACUCAGCGCCCCCAGCCCUGCAGCAGGCCACCGCAGACCCACGCCUCCGCCAGAGACUCCUGGACACUCAGGCGAGUCUGGGUCAGUCUCCUGUGGGGUCACGGCUCCUUUCUCCUGGGUCCUGGUGCACAAGGUCUGCUGUGCCUCCAGGCAUCUAUUCCCCAGUCCUGUGUGAGUUCUGGCGGCUCUGUGGUGGGUGAAUGGCCACCUCCUCCAAGAGGGCUUCUGCUAUGCCCAGGUCUGCUGCACCAGAGCCCCCGCCCCUGCAGCAGGCCACCGCUGACCCGGACCUCCUCAGGAGAUGCUCACACACAGCUCUGUCUCAGUCGUGUGGGGUCCCUGGGUCCUGGGGCCCUUGUUUGAGCUCUCUGAGCGUCUCUGGCGGGAAUUGGGUUUGAUUCUUCAUCCCCCCUACCAUCUUGCUGGGGCUUCUCCUUUGCCCUUGGACAUGGGAUAUCUCCUCACAGUCAUUCCAGAAUUAGUUUACUUAUUUAAAAAAAUAUAUAGAUGCAUGUCCCAAAAUAGACCAUUACACCUCCAUAUCAAAAUUAACCAUUUUCAGUGAAAAGGGGGAGAUGACAAUAUAUAUUUACCUCAGUGGAUGAUUCUUUUUCCUUGUCAAUCUGACAGAUGUAACAUAUUCUAUCCUCCUACCCAACCUUGUUUACCCGAGUUCCAUCCUUGGGUCAGGAAGAUCCCCUGGAGAAGAGAAUGGCAACCCACUCCAGUAUUCUUGCCUGGAGAAUCCCAUGGACUGAGGGACUUGGCAGGCUACAGUCCAUGGGAUUGCAAAGAGUUUCACAUAACUGGGCAACUAAUACUUGAGUAAUUUUGAUUAAAGAGAGAAGAGGAGUGGAGAUUAGAUGGAGAAAAAUCAGUCCCAUACAGACUGCCCUGUAAGCGGCCACAAAUUAACACUCAGAUACGACUGUUAAGGGCUUCCCAGGUGGCGCUAGUGGUAAAGAACCCACCUGCGAAUGCAGGAGAUGUCAGAGGUGCAGGUUUGAUCCCUGGGUUGGGAAGAACCCCUAGAGGAGGGCAUGGCAACCCACUCCAGUAUUCCUGCCUGGAGAACCCCAUGGACAGAGGAACCUGGUGGGCUACUUGUCCUUGGGGUCACACAGAGUCAGACACGACUGAAGCAGUUUAUCACACACGCACGUGGUUGUUAAGGGUUCAUAUGCUACACUUGUCUAUGACUAUCCUAUUCAAAGAAGAAAAUUACUCUCGCUGUAGGAAUAAAUCCUGUUUUCAAGAUAAAAAGUGAGUGACUGCAGUGCCCUGGCUCACAUAAGAACAGUGAGUUUCUGGUUUGCCAGAGCAUUUUAAAGCUGUUGGGCUGGCCAAAAAGUUCCUGAAUGUUCGAGAAAUUUCUGGCCAACCCGAUAUUUGAUCAAAUGAGUGGGCUUGUUUAGUAAAUCACAAGAUUAUUUGUUAAAUAAAGGUACCUGACCCUUGGGGAGAGGUGCAGAGUUUCCUGGCUUUGAACCGGUGCCCACCAGAUGCCUUUAGGCUGUGAUCCAGGUUCACUCAAUGGACAGCAGAUCUCAAGGCUGGAAGGAGGUUGCUUGGCUUCAGUUGUUGGCCUGGGAGUGGGGUGAUGGUUAGGGGUAGAGAGGAGAACCUUGGGCAGGGGCACCUCUGCGUCACAGAAGCAGGUAAACUGAGGGCUUCCCUGGUGGCUCAGCUGGUAAAGAAUCCACCUGCAAUACAGGAGACCCCAGUUCCAUUCCUGGGUCAGGAAGUGCCCCUGGAGAAGGGACAGGCUCCCCACUCCAGUUUUCCUGGGCUUCCCCAGUGGCUCAGAUGGUAAAGAAUCUGCCUGCAUGAGGGAGACCCAGGUUUGACCCCUGGGUUGGGAAGAUCCCCCGGAGGAGGGCAUGGCAACCCACUGCAGUAUUCUCGUCUGGAGAAUCCCCAUGGACAGAGGGGGCUGGCGGGCCACAGUCCAUGGGGUCACACAGAGUCAGACGCAACUGAGCAAUGAAGCACAGGAAUUAGAAGCCCUUGUCUGGGGCCAGCCAAGCUUGCCAGCAUAUUGAAAAUAAUACAUAAUUGAAAGAUCUCUUGAAUGGGGAGUGGAAAAACAACAGUCUUCCUCGUUUGCCAAAAAUUUCCUUCCCACCCUUCCCAUUUUUCCUUAAUUUUCCAUAAUUUAGUCCAAGUUCCAGUUCUUGUAGGUCUUCUCGCUUUCCCCUCCCCAGCAAACACAGGAAGCUGUUGGAAACUAUAUUCCCAAAGCUCCCCUGGAGUCGUGUUUGCUCUUACACCUCUGGGUCCUAGAGGGACCCACAUUCUGGAAAAGGCUUUCUCUGGAUCCGCAGGAGCAAGUGCUCAAGGGACCCACAGGAGUGUCUGCUCCUUUGGAAUGUUGUUGGGGGAGCUCGUGGCCUUAAGGGGCAGCUUACAGGUUCCUUCAUAUCUGCUUUGUCGUUUGACACCCAGGAUGGUAUUUCAUGGACCCGUUCAGGAGACCUCUGCCCAUGUGUUGAGCAUCACAUGAGACCACUGUUACAGCUUCUCUUUGCAGGUGUUCCCAUUUCUCACCCCGCAGUGUCCCCCAGAAUUUCCCGGUGGUUUGUGUUUAAUUUUCUUUCUUCAUCUCCUUUAACGCCGCCAUCAUUUCACUCUCCUGGGAAAGCUUGUUUAAAGACAAUCAUGGCGGCUGUCCCUAUUGCCACUUCUCAGUCUUCCUUCAGAACGACAGGAAGGGCUACGUGUGCAAAUCUGAAGUGACACCAGCCUUCCUUCCCUCGUCCCCACCCUGUUAGAAACAGGGUCCGUCAGCCAGCCGGUGGCCGAGUUUUCCACCAGCACGUGACUCCUCUGUUCCUUCCCUGCACCAAGUCCCUGGCGGCUGUCCGCCCCAGCGCUCCAGCUGAACGCAGACGCCUCCGCAGAGCUGCUUUCCUGGAGCCCCUGCUGCCCCCGUCAGUCUCUCCAGAACCUAACCUUCACAGCAGGAGCCCUCACCCAGCCCGGGUUCCCAGAAAUGAACUCAGCAGAUCUUGAUUCCCAUCUGGAAUGUAUUUAAUGUUUGCCUGCUUGUGGAACGCAGUAUUUAAAGUGUGUGGAUGGAUGAAUGCUAAAAAAAAAAAAAAAAAAAUUAUGCAUAGGCUCUAAGAGAAAUGAGUUUCAUCUUUGAUUUUUUUAAUGAGGAAUUUUAUUACCUUUUAAACAGUGAACUGUAUGUAGAAAUAUCAUCUUUUCCUUCUAUAUUAUUGAGUACUCAUAAAAUGCAACUAAACUACGUGUUUGGCCAAAAGCUGGGAUAAUAUAUUAAUGGAAUGAAUGGAAUAACAGAAUGAAUGGAAGGUGGAAAUAUCUGGGAUUUAUGAGAUGAUUCUGAAUAGUAUUUUCUAGCAAAAUACACAAUAACCUGUAUUUUAACAUCUCAAUCUGCUGGAUUGGACAACUUGUAAAAUAAUUAUUUAUCCUCAGAUUUCCAAAGCUUGAACUACUACCAUAAGAUAAAAUAUAUACUCUGUAUACCCAAAUUAUAUUUUUCAAAGAUAAGAUAUAAUAAUGCAUUGUUAUUCCGAAUGUAUCUUUUAGCUAUGGAUGGAAAACCAAAGCUUCACUGUCUAAACAGGACUUCUGCUUAGAACCUAAUAGAAUAGGCUUUUUGGGGGGAAGGGGGCAUAAAAUUUGUUAGUCUGAGUAAUCUGCUUUGUGUUUCAUGGAGGGAAAGGUCUUUCCCAGAAAUGUUGACUUCAAUUUUUUGCACUCUGAUAACUAGAACUUAGAAUAGGACUUUAUAGAUUGGCUCUGUUUCAGAAAGCAAUGGACAUAAAAUUCUCCUAUCCAAAAUAGGAGGGGGUACAUUUUAGUUUAAGAAAAUCCUCCUUCCUUUCCAGUUGCAGAGGGAGACAUUACAAGCUUCACAAUGCCAAAGCCUGGGGCGGUGCUAAAGGAAUGCUGUCUUGUCUGUCCUGUGUUAAUUCUAACACCUGCCACAGAAUGAACUGGCCAACUAAAGUCAUUUCUACCGUAUAAACUCAGACAAGUGUGUUUCACAGCCAAGCAGGCAAAUAACAAGUGCAUGUUGGCGUUUGGUGUGGGGGAGGGGGAGUGUCACUCCACCGAUACCAGGCAGAGGGCCCCUGACUGUGGCCCUGCUCCCUUUCCAGGGUUCGUUUGACUGUUGGCCCCCGAAGCCUGCUGCCAGGCACACAGGGGACGGUAUGCUUCAUGACUGGGCGCCCGGCAUCUCCCUGGGUUGACAGAAGAUCCCUCCUCACUUCCCCCGUCCCCCACUCCAGCCUGUCACAGAGCAGCCUCAGUGUGUAACCUUAACAUCUUUCAGAUAACCUUCCCUGAAAAGGAAGUUUAUCCACAGGAAUCCAGGCCAAACAACUAGUAGAAUAGAGCCAUCUCAAGUUUUUAAUAAUGAGUUCAGGGAAACAGAUGGAAAUUUUCCUGGCACAGUCAGCAUGUAUGUUUCACAAGAAAUCAAAAAAUAAUUUUCCAUUUGAGAAAAAAAAAAUGACUGUAAUUGUUAAAGCAUAAAACCUUGGACUUCACAUGCUCCUGCAACAAAUACCGCCUUAGAGAUAUCCUAGAAAAGAAAGACCCUUUUACACAUCCCCCCCAGGGGCCUCACAUUCUUGAUGUGAGAUCCUCAAAGCAAGCACCCCGGGGAAUUCCGUGUGUGUUGUGACUCCAUUUUUAUUUCCAGUGCCUAGCCAUAUACUUCAGUAGCUGUGUUCAUUAUUUAUAACAGGUCCAUAUAACAGUUGAGCUAGUAUUCAGUUAUGGAUGUGAUACUAUGAAGUGCUUUUGGUAAGAUUAUAUAUGCCUAAUAACAAAGUUAUUUUUCUUA